AUGUUACAUCAUAUUCAAAUAAUUAAAGAGUGUGGAAUGCGAUUAAUCAUUUUUGUAACAUUAUUUUCUUUUACCCUAUUUUGUUUCGUUCUAUGCCGUCCACACCUGCAAAAAUUCGUCAUACAUGGACAUGAGUGGACUGUGCCAAACGAACCGGGAUGGGAGUCAGUGUUAGAAGAAGCAGACCCUAUUCGACGAAAUCAUUUACGCAACUGUAAUUCGAUAAAAGAAUGUCGUAAUGCUGCGGAACUAAUGCGAAAAGUGUUUCUAAAAUACCCUGUAUCCAAAAAAUACUAUGAUGAAUCUGAUGAUGUUGCCGAUACAAUAUUUAAAUGGGGAUGA